AUGAAAGAACCGCAUGAAUCUAGAAACCUGCCGGAGACUCCUCGAAAUCAGUUCCGUACCCCGAGAACGCCUAGUACACGAGGUCUUCCAACAACUACCACGAAAACCGUCACCGCACGGAACCGAUCACCACAGUCAUCGACAUCGGCGAGCACUCGUAAGCGAACAUCGCUGUCACGAGUGCAAUCUACUCUCACACAGAUUGACUUCAUCACACAGCCCACACCUGCGUAUGAUGACCAGCUUGGCUACAUCGACGAGCACAAACGUCGCAGCGAUAAUCAAAACACAACUGAGCGGCCAACUGUAGAUGAUGGGUCCGACAAGGAUUCAGACUAUCUCCCUGCUCCACCAGUUCGGUCAGCUCGUAUCUCCAAAUUCAAGAUGCGCGAGGCAGAACGUGAUUUGGAUGAACGCCCGCAGAAGCGGAGGAGCUCUGCAACCGUCAAUCGAGAAGCAUACCGAAGUCAUGGACCACGAAAGAGCGAGACACCAAGAGCGAGUGCUCGUCCUAGGGGUGGCCGAAAAUCCUUGGAGAAGUCAGUGGGAAAGCGGGACAAGACUUUAACUCAGAUGGACUUUGUACGACGUUACAUUACCAUCGAUGAUGAUGAUGACGACGACGUGAACAUGGGAUAUAUCCAGCCGACGCCACAGAAGAAGGACGUUAAAGAUGAACAGACCGACCAUACGCUUAAAUCGAAUCAAUCAAAGCCUACGAAGCGUCAGGCCUCUGCUAAACGAAAGCACAGAGUAUUUGAAGAAGAGCUGGAUCUCUCUACCGGGGAACCUAUAUCUCAACAAAAAGAAACACAAUCGUCAAAUACUGGAGGCGCCGCUGAGGGCGAACGGGCAUAUACAGCUCCUGUUACACCGCGGAAGCUUCGGACGCGCGAGAUUCCUUCUUCACAAACGCCCGAAAGCCCUGGUCUCGCAAUUAUAACCUCAUCUCAAUUUCGCAGCGCUACUCGCUCUCCUUCAAAACAGAAACCGUUAAACCCCACCAAUAAUCCCAUGCAAUCUAUCAAAGAAGAACCACCGGAGGUUCGGCGAGCGAUCGAGGAUUCACAGGACCCCGGAGGCGAAUCUUUGCCUCGGCCAACGACAUUAGGUUCUUCAGGCAUCUAUAACAACUUGAACCAUCUUGAUCCAACCCAUACCGAGCAAUUCCCUUCAUCUGCACCUCCGACGGAGUCGACUGACCAAGAAUUCCCCACGGAAGCAAAUGGGAACUCGAGAAAUGAACCCACCAAGAGGGAGAGGACAGUCGUCUAUGAAACGGAUGCGGACUCAGAAUACGGGGAAUUUGAGGAUAGCCUUGAUAGACGUUCAGUGAUACCAUCUCCAAAGAAAAAACACCGAGGAAUUGGUCUAAGGGACGGUUCACAGGCGACCCAACGCAGCCCAGAGUCGCCCAAGGAUGAUUCCCAAGACCUUCCUCUACCAGCUGUGCAAUCGAGCCCUGGAUUGGAUGAUCCCCCUCCAUCCGAAGGUCCAAUGUCUGAUGCCUCAAUUUGCUACCAAAGAAUGCAUGCAGCUACACAAUUUCCGCACGAGCCAAUCCCAACGCUGAAUACGCAGAAGAUGUCUGAGCUUUUCCCACACGGGGGUAGUACUCAGUACCCAAAUUUGGAGCCAUGGAGGCCAUCUCUUCAAAAACAGGCACCGGGGCUAUCCUCGCAAACGCAGACACAGAGCCAAGAAGGCGACAAAGAGUCUACCGAAAUGGUUCCGGAGUCGUCGCCCAUCCGAGAACGAGAACGUGGAAUCGAGUCCGGCGAUAGUUCGUUCCAACGACCUCGUGUUCCUGGAUCAGUGGUCCAAGUUGAGUCCUCGCAGGCGGUGGACCGAGAUCCUCAAUGGCAGGGCCGAGUCCUCUCUCGCAGCCAGCUUCUUACAUCGAGCGUCAUGGAGAGCAUUCCGCUCCCGAACUUUUGGAUGGGGAGUCAGGAUAGUGUAGGAGAGCCUUAUAGCUUACCUGAAGGAUGA